AUAAAUUAAUGUAAAUGCUUUUGAUUUUCUCCGACAAACUUUAGCUAUCUUCUAUUGGUCGUCAAUUCUACCAAUUGGCAUCAUUUGAUAUGUCUCUUGUCUCGUCAGUCCUCAUCCGUCCCCAACUUCCAUCGUGGUUCGAGAUGACCGGAUUAUGAUUUUGGUUUCAAUAACAGAAGACAAUGCCAAUUUGGUGGGUUUGUUUUAUGAUAUUUUUUGGUUCCAAACUAAGUGAUUUUGUGAAGGUUAGACGGAAAUCAUAAUGCAAUUAAUUAGUCUUUUAUUUGUGUACGUAUAUCACCAUGCGAUACCUCAUUUUCAGAAUGAUCACACUGAGCCAGGACAGCUUAGCCGGCCAAAUGGAAAUAAGGGGGCAUGCUCUUUCCCCAUGCAAAUGUAUCCUAUUAAUAUUAGUGUAUCUAUACACAUGCACCUAUAUACAUGUAUUUAUGUACUAAAGCUUGUGUAUGCUAUAUAUAUAUAUAUACCAAAAGCAUGUGUAUGCAUGCUAUAUAACUUUGGGUUUGGGUUUUGAGAAAAUUGUCAAGAUAUGGAUUCAUCAAGAAAUUAUAAACGAUGUAGUUUUGGAGCUGCACUGUUCGUUGUCAACAUCUUCUUCUCUCUCAUAUCUCUACACUACAAUAUAUCUGGGGCACAUGGUCAUCAACAAAGAAUGAAACAAUCGGUUUUUGGUUCAGAGCCUCCCGUGUGUGCGACAAAGUGCCUGAACUGCAAGCCUUGCCUUCCUUAUCUAUUUGACAUUCGUGGUGCUCAUGAUGAUGAUGAUGAUAGUGAACCAUACUAUCCGGUUAAGUGGAUUUGUAGAUGUAGAGACAGAGUAUUUGAACCUUAAGAACAGUAUAUAUACAUUAUUUAUAUAGUGUUUUGCUAA